GACUCUGGAGAGGCAAUGGCGACGCCCGUGCUGCGCUGGUGCUGUCCUGGAAGGCGUUGGGUUUUCGCCGGGAUUGGCGGCGGUUCUCGCCACGGAAGAGGGGUUCCAACUGGGUCCACGUCCAGCGGGAAGAGGGGACAGAGCUCAGUGGCUCAGCAGCCCCUCAUCACGGCCCAGAAACCGAGGAAAGGUAAACGUGAAUGGGCAGCUGUGGUAGGUUUGGAGAUUCAUGCCCAGAUUGCCUCCAACUCCAAACUCUUCUCUGGAUCUCAAGUCGACUUUGCAGCACCUCCCAAUUCUUUGGUAUCUUUUUUUGAUGCAUCUCUGCCUGGAACUUUGCCGGUCCUCAACAGGCGGUGUGUGGAAGCGGCCGUGAUGACCGGCCUGGCCCUGGACUGCCACAUCAACAGGAGGUCCUUGUUUGACCGGAAGCACUACUUCUACGCAGACCUCCCUGCCGGCUACCAGAUUACCCAGCAGAGGCUGCCGAUCGCCGUGAACGGGAGCUUGGCGUACAGUGUCUGUGUGGGGAAGAGGCAGAGUCAGAUGGUCACCAGGACAGCGGGGGUCAAGCAGAUCCAGCUGGAACAGGACAGCGGCAAAAGCCUCCAUGACAGCCUGCGGUCCCAGACGCUCAUUGAUUUGAACAGAGCAGGGGUCGGCCUUCUGGAAGUGGUCCUGGAGCCUGACAUGUCCUGUGGAGAAGAGGCGGCUGCAGCCGUCAGGGAGUUGCAGCUGAUUCUUCAGGCCCUGGGGACCAGCCAGGCGAACAUGGCAGAGGGCCAGUUGAGAGUGGAUGCCAACAUAUCUGUGCAUCACCCUGGGGAGCCUUUGGGCGUUCGAACCGAAGUGAAGAAUCUCAACAGUGCCAGGUUUUUGGCCAAAGCUAUAGACUGUGAAAUUCAGAGGCAAAUCAGUGAACUCGAGAAUGGAGGUGAAAUCCUGAAUGAAACUCGCUCGUUCAAUUACAAGCUGGGGUGCACCGUGCCGAUGAGAGACAAAGAAGGAAAACAAGACUACAGGUUCAUGCCGGAGCCCAACCUGCCCCCGCUGCUGCUGUACGACUCGCGGUCCCUGCCCGCUGGCACAGACCCGCAGCAGGUGAUCGACAUCGACCGGCUCCGGGAGCGGCUUCCCGAGCUGCCCCGCGUGACCCGGGAGAAGCUCGUGCAACAGUACGGGAUGCUGCCAGAGCACAGCUUUGCCUUGCUGAUCUCACCUCUGGCACUGAGGAGCUGGGAGGACUCUGAGAAGAAUGAAGUUGGCCUACUGGAGUUCUUCCAAAACGUGAUAAAAGAAACUAGGGCAGAGCCAAAAAAAGUGACUAGUUGGGUCCUCAACACUUUUCUGGGCUUUUUAAAGCAACAGAACCUUGCCGUCAGUGAGAGUCCGGUCACACCCUCUGCCCUGGCUGAGCUGCUUGACCUGCUGGACAGGAAAGCCAUCUCUUCAUCAGCAGCUAAACAGGUGUUUGAGGAACUGUGGAGGAGUAAAGGCAAGACCCCAGCACAGAUGGUCGCAGAAAAGAAGCUUGAACUGAUGCAGGAUGCAGAGGCGCUGGAGCAGCUCUGCUGCUCCACGCUGGAGGCACACCCUCAAGUGGUACUUAGCCCCUCGGGGGAUGGGGGUCUUCACGCGCAGUGGCAGGUGGGCAGGGGGUCGCCGGCAGAGGCCCAGGGCCAGGGCCACCUGAGGACUCAGCCAGGAGCCCCUCUCUGCUUCUCUCCCUUGCAGCCCAGCGGUGCUUCCUAACAGUGGUUGGCCCGGUCUCAUCAAUAAUCCCCCAAUUAUUCUUGUCAGUUUUAAGCUAAUAUCAAGAGAUGAAAUUAGGUGACUAUUGGAAAAAUACAGCUUUUCCUAGAAGGAGAAAAUCCCCCCCCACCCCCGAGCUUAAUCUCAUGGAGUUUCGGUUGAAGGGGGUGUUAGCAAGUUUCGACCUCCCAGGCCUGCGGCCCUCUCCCAAGGUUGCCGAGCUGUGCUUUGUAAGAGGACCUCUCUAUCAGGGAGCAGCAGGCAGCACUGCACAGGGGCAGAGACAGGGAAACACUUCAGUUCCAUGCCUUUGAGAGCUGGGAAGAAAGGCAGAAGGGAAAAUUAUUUGUAAAUUACGGAGAAAAUCCUUGACAGGAACAUAGCUGGAAAUCAAGUCAUUCUGUGUUCUGAGCAUAGAACAAAAUAGAAGAGCUAAAAUGAGGAGCAUCCCUCCCUCCUCAAGUCUAAUCAUACUGUCCAGAGAUAUUUUUCAGUGGGGAAAAAAAUUGCUAGCAUCCCUUUCAGAAUGAUACCACCUACCCAUCAGCUUGCAGGGACACUAACAGCUCUGUAAAGAGCUCUCGAUAAGGAAAAUGAGCUUGCGCAGGGUCUCGGCAAUCUCCAUCUUCCAGCCUCAUCCGGAGUGACUGAUAAAGACACACUUUUGAGUUUCAGACUCGGAGUGCAGCGCCGCGCGCAGUUACUCGCAGACGCUGUUGCCGAUCCGAAGCAGGAGGUCGGGCGGGUGGCCCUGACGCGGUGGCUAAACGACAGGCACUCGGCGCCCCCUGCCCCGGCGCUUCCAGCCUGCCAGCCAGGCACUCCCCCACCCAGAUGCUCGGAAGCCUUGCCAUCUCGUGGCUCUGUCUUCUAGCAAAUGAGCUUCUUGGCAGGGAGUGGAGGGAGGAGAGCCCGCUGAGCCCCCGGAGGGUCAGGGGGGCUUCACAAUCCGGCACCCGGGUCCUGUGCACCGGCUGCUCAGCUGUGACACGUCCCAGUCCUCCUCACUGCCUUCUAAUCAGGAGACGGGGUGGCAGACACCUCCUUUGCCAGGAGCCCAGAAACCUCCUCCGAAGGUCACGGCCUCCCUCCCCUUUUUCCUUUUCUCAUUCUGUA